AUGUACGAAGGAGGGGGGAGGAAAGAGGAAGAUGUGAAUUAUGGAUUAUGGAUUAUGGAUUAUGGAUUAUGGAUUAUGGAUUAUGGAUUAUGGAUUUUGUUGUGUGGUGAGAAGGUGAAGGGAGGUGCUGAGAAUGAUCUCAUUUUUCGUGUAUAG